UUGGUGCGAGUGUUAUAGAAAAACCGGUAGAGGAAAUUAUGGAGGAAGAAAAACUUACACUGCCCGGCUUACCGCCGUUACCAAAAAGUCUUAGUGCUGCUAUACAGCAUCCCACUACAGCCUCUCCCCUUAAUCAUGGGCACAAUAGUCACCAUUUCCUAGAUCCUGAUUUAUAUUUGGGAGCCUCUACAUCGUCAUCGGCGGCUGCCCAUAGACAACGUGGUUUUGGUGGAGGAAGUAGUGGCGGUGGCGGCAGUUCAAAUUCUUAUCGUCAUGGCAGUUUAUCUUCGACCCAAGAAUCUUUAAGUGACCGUGAAAGUUUACACAGUCGAGCCUCUUCUACCCAUAGUGGCCAGCAUCUUUUAUACCAAUCCCAACAGCAUACUCCUACCAACAACAACCACUCGAAUCACAGCAGCAACAAUAACACCCACAACAAUCACCACCAUCAGCAACAGCAGCACCAGUCACGUACUGAUAGCGAUAGUACUUCCACUUCUAGUACCACCUCCAAAUUGGACACCCAGUUGGCCAUAUUAAGACGUGAAAUGUAUGGCCUGAGGCAACUGGAUCUAUCGCUGCUCUCUCAAUUGUGGGCUUUAAAUGAGUCUAUACAGGGAUUUCGUGCUUAUUUGCAGGAACAAGAAGCCCUAUCGCCACCCUCACCUUCGCCUACACCCUCUGAAACCAACUCGUUAACUUCGGAGCCGGAAGAUGAGUCAUACUCAAAUCAUCAGCCGGUUAGUGGCGCCAAGUUAAUGCCACAAAUCUCGCUAACGGCUCAACAGCAGCAGCAACAGCUGCAACAACAUCAAAUAAUACCACCAAAAAGAGGUUCAACCACUUCUCAUGCCUCCUCCACCACGACUUCCAAUACUUCGGGUUCCUCUUCAAACAACUCCUCCAUGACCAAACACCAGCAGCAGCAGUUGCACCAGCAAAAGCAACAUCAUCACCAUCACAGUCAACAGCAGCAUCAGCAACAUCAUCAAAGUAGUCAGGGUAUGCCGCCUUUAGCACCGGCACCGCAAAAAUCCCAUCCUCAGCUGCCACGUAUUCUGCAGCAACGUAUGCGUCGAGCUCCACCACCGCCACCACCAAAUCGUCCUAAAUCUUCGGCCUCCAUAACCUCGGCAGCUUCAAUAUCCACCACAACCAGCCAUGGCGGUGGUCGUCACAGUAGCAAAUCGUCCUCGCCGUCUCCCUCUCCAGCAGGCAGUAUUGGCGGUGUUGUGGGCGCAACAGCCACCUCAUCAACUUCGUCAUCAUCUUUGGCCCAAAGGCAUGUAUGACAAAAUCCCUUCUUAGACUAGGCCCUAGAGCUGCCCGUCUAGUCUAAGAACAAAGGGGAUAAAUCAAAACAAACAAACAACCAUUCUAUUGCAUCACACCAAAUCAACAUGAAUAAUAACAACAAAAACAACAACUUUAAAUCAAAAGUAUAAAUCAAUAAUUUUUUAACUGAAACAAAACAAAACGUAAAAAAAACAAAAUCAAGAAGAAAAGUCAAUUCAAUUCGUUUAUAUGACGACUAAUAUAGGAGACAUCCGUCAUCUAAACCACUCACUCAUUCUCCUACCUAACUCAAGUAAGUUGGUUUUUCUUUCUUAUUGUUUUUAUUUAUAAGAAAAAUAAUAGAAUUUAAAACAGAAAACUUUUACAAGAGUAUUUGGAAGAAAAAAACUAAAACAAAAACUAUUUCUCAUUUCUGUGUUUUAGAUUAUAAGAAUUAAAGCAAAAACUUUUGGCUGAAAAUUAAAUAAAAAAAACCGUUACAAAAACAAAACUUUUUCAAAAUUUAAUACAUUUUUUUUUCUAAAUUCAAAAAAUAGUUGGCAAUAUUUUUCUACAUAUUUACAUUUACAGCAUACUUGAAAAUCUAUACCUACAUAUAUUAAAAAAAUUAUAAAAAUAAUAUUUGCAUUUAAAAUCCGUCAA